AUGGCUCUUGAGCUGCAGAAACAGCAGCAGCAGCUGGACCUGCAGGCUGCCGCUUUGCGGGAGGCGUUGCUGGACCUGGGCGAGCACAAGGAGGCCUUCGCUGCGAGGGGCUCGGAGCUGCAGCAGGCGCUGGGGGAGGUGCGAGAGGACCUGACCAUCGAAACCAAGGGCUGCAUUGAGGCUGCGUGCAGCAAAGUGGCCCAGGAGUGCCGUGCCAUGCUGGCAGAGGAGCUUGCCGCUGCGCGGCGCGACACGGAGGAGCUGGCGGCCGAGCUGAAGAGCAAAACGGAACGAGACAUAGCUGCACAGGAUGCGCUGAAGAGGCUGGAGGACUUGAGCCAGGCCACGGAGUGCAAAGUGGAGGCUUUGGGUCAGACGAUCCAGAAGAUGCCGGACCCCACGGAGGCCUUGAACGCCCAGCUGGCGAAC